AUGUCAAAUGAACUUAAUGCUGUAUAUGCAACAGAUGAGUACGGUUUGGAUAAAAUAUUAAUAUCGCCUGAUGGAGACAUUACAGUAACCAAUGAUGGUGCUACUAUUUUGACUCAAAUGGAGGUUGAACAUCAAAUAGCAAAAUUAUUGGUUCAAUUAUCUAAAUCUCAAGAUGAUGAAAUUGGUGAUGGAACAACCGGUGUUGUUGUUCUUGCUGGUGCUCUUCUUGAACAAGCUGAAAAUUUAUUGGAUAGUGGUGUUCAUCCUAUGCGUAUAGCUGAUGGAUUUGAAAGAGCAUGUAAAGUGGCUGUUGAUCAUCUUGAUGAAAUUUCUGAUGUUGUAGAAUUCACAAGAGAGAAUACAGAAAAUUUAUUUAAAACUGCCAUGACAAGUUUAGGUAGUAAAAUAGUAUCAAAACAUCAUGAGCAAUUUGCAAGAAUUGCAGUUGAUGCAGUUUUAUCAGUAGCAGAUUUGGAGCGUAAAGAUGUUGAUUUUGAAUUGAUUAAGGUCGAUGGCAAAGCUGGUGGUUCACUUUCUGACACAACUUUGGUGAAAGGAGUUGUCGUUGACAAAGAUAUGUCACAUCCACAAAUGCCAAGACAAAUCCGUGAUGCAAAAAUUGCAAUCCUAACCUGUCCUUUUGAGCCUCCAAAACCUAAAACUAAACAUAAAUUAGACAUCACAUCAGUUGAGGAGUACAAAAAAUUGCAAACAUAUGAAACAGAAAAAUUUGAAAAUAUGAUUAAAUGUGUUAAAGAUACUGGCGCAAAUUUAGUUAUUUGCCAAUGGGGUUUUGAUGAUGAAGCCAAUCAUUUAUUAAUGCAGAAUGAUUUGCCUGCUGUUAGAUGGGUUGGUGGACCAGAAAUUGAGUUAAUUGCAAUCGCAACAAAGGGUAGAAUUGUUCCACGUUUUGAAGAUCUUAGACCUGAUAAGCUUGGUAAAGCAGGCCUUGUAAGAGAAAUUUCAUUCGGCACAACCAAAGAUAGAAUGCUUGUUAUUGAAGAAUGUUCAAAUUCACGUGCUGUAACUGUAUUUGUUCGUGGCAGUAACAAAAUGAUUAUUGAUGAAGCUAAACGAGCUAUUCAUGAUGCACUCUGUGUAGUUAGAAAUUUAGUCUGUGAUAAUCGUGUAGUUUACGGUGGUGGUGCAGCUGAAAUUAGUUGUUCACUUGCUGUCGCAAAAGCAGCUGAUCAGAUUUCAUCAAUUGAACAACAUGCAGUUAGAGCUUUUGCUAAUGCAUUAGAUGCUACACCUUUGGCUCUAGCAGAAAAUUCAGGGUUGUCACCUAUAGAAACUUUGGCUGAUAUAAAAUCACGUCAAGUAACUGAAAAUAAUAGUAGACUUGGUAUUGAUUGUAUGAACAAUGGAUCAAAUGAUAUGAAGGAAUUAUUUGUAUAUGAUCCAUUCAUUUCUAAACGUCAACAAUACCUUUUGGCCACACAGCUUGUAAAGAUGAUUCUCAAGAUUGAUGAUGUUAUAACUGUUACUGCUGAAAAUUAA